AUGGAAGUCACUAUCGAUGAUCUGCAAUCAGCGAGAAACGCAAUCGCAGGUGGUGCAUCAAGAUUGGAAGUUUGCUCUAUGCUGUCCGAGGGUGGUCUAACACCCACUAUCGGCUUUUUCAAAUUCAUUUCACAUAUGUCACUGGUACCAUGCUACGCUAUGCUUCGAUCACGACCCGGAGAUUUUGUAUACAUCAAAGAGGAAAUAGAAAUUAUGCUAUCGGAUUUAAAUGUAUUCAAGAAAAGCGGCGUUGACGGUUUCGUUUUCGGCGCAUUGACGCGAGACGGCGAGAUUGACGUAAAGGCUUGCCAAUUAAUUCUGUCUGCUGCUCAACCAUUGCCAGUAACCUUUCAUCGAGCCUUCGACCAAGUGAAUGAUCCAAUAAAAUCCUUGCGAACCUUGAUAGAUCUUGGUUUUAAAAGAGUUCUGACUUCUGGACAAAAAGACACUGCCGAAGAGGGAUUGGAAUUAAUAAAGAAACUCGUUGACGAGGCGCAAGAUAAAAUCAUUGUGAUGGCAGGUUCUGGUAUUACGAAAGAUAACAUAUCGAAGAUACAUUCGCAAUCUGGAGUGAAAGAGUUUCACGCAUCUGUUAGACAGAGGCUGGAAACUGGGCGUCCUGUAAAUAAAGUUAAAAUUGGCGCUAAUGAAAAUACUUUUAUCAUGGAGACUGAUAAGAAAAUGGUUGAAGCAAUGGUUGCUCUUGUUGGUCCAGUCACUUAUGAACAGCGCCUUUCCUUAGUAACUUUUAAGCCAAAAAGAUUGUAUUCUAAAGCGGAAGUAGUCGAUUAUCACAGUAUCAUGACUGCAGGUUUUUACAGCAUCGUCCAAGUACGGAUGUCGCAAGCGAUGCAUUAA